GCGGAUGGAAACAGGAGUGGGCAUCCGCUUUGCUGCACGAAGAAGAAACUUUGAGGAAAGAUGCACGAAGAGGAGGAUGGCAGCGAAGCAAACUCCUGCAGAGCUUCUCGGAUUGUUGUCUCCAGAUCUGUGGAAGUGGCCGACAGCGACGCAGCGAAGGAGCAAGCCUCCAAACUAUGCGGAUACCUGAACAAACUGUCCGGCAAGGGGCCUCUGAGGGGGUACAAGCCGAGAUGGUUCGUGUACGAUCCGAGGAAAUGUUACUUGUAUUACUUCAAGACUCCCCAAGAUGCCUUGCCGCUCGGGCACAUCGAGAUCGGCGAUGCGAGCUUCAGCUAUGAUGUGGAGGGAGAAGAGGGCCAGUUUGAGAUCCGCACCGCCGGGAAGGAGUUCCUGCUGAAGGCCCCCAGCAGGCAGGUGAUGCAUUUCUGGCUCCAGCAGUUACAGCAGAAGCGUUGGGAGUACAGCAACACACGAGUCUCCGGUCAGAGAGACAGCUGGAGCUCCCCGACUAUGGCCUACCCCCCCACCGGCCUCGUAGGCAAAGAAGAUGCGCUCGUCUUUGAGAAGCUAAGUGAAAGCAUGGAGAAGGUCCGCCACGACUUUUCUCUGGAGACAGAAACAGAUGGUGGAGGGAUGGUGGGCAUCCAGUCAGCCCGGGGGGGGCCUUCUGCCGGGUCGACAAACCCCCUCAACUUCUCCAUCAGAAACUUCGGUACAGAACUCAGGAACUCCAUGUCUUAUCUGCGGCCGGGCAGAGGAGGUGAGAGCAGACGCAGUAUGUUUUACACCAACAGCAACAACAGUGCGGAGGAGUGGGAGCUCGUAGACACUCCAGCCAAGGACUUCGCCGAACAGAAACAUCCUCCAGACACUCACAGAAAUUCCUUUGGAUCAGCGUUUACAUUCGACUUUGUGCGCAACUCAGCGCGACCCAGGAAGCCUUUGCUCAGAGACAAGAUGGGCUCUGGGAGGUUCGGGCGCUCCGCAGAGACAGGCAGUGCAGAGAACUCCCCGGUGGAGUGUAACGGCAGCAAACCUUUGGAGAUGCAGCUUCGCCUCCAGAGCCAGCAGGAAGAGCUGAGCCGCAUGCAGCAGGAACACGCCAAACUCAGAGAGGAGCUGGCCAGUCAGAAGGAGCUGGUGAGGCUCCUGCAGCAGACCCUGAGGACCUCGCAGUGCGACAGGCAGCCGGUUCACCGUCCAGCCCCGGCUCCAGAUCCAUCCGCAGCUUCAGACCAGAUUCAGGGUCCGGCCGUAAGCCAGGAAGGAGUCGCCCAGGCGGAGGCCCUGCUUCAGGAGAAAGACGGACAGAUCCAGGCCCUGUGUGGCCACAUGGAGCGCCUCGCCUUAGAGAAGGAGAGUCUGCAACAAGAGCUGAAGGGCCUGAAGAUAAAGGUGGGGGAGAUAAACGACCAGCUGGGGAUGCUGAUGGAGACCAUCCAGGCCAAAGAUGAAGUCAUCAUCAAACUGUCGCAGGAGGGCUCCGAGCAGAGCGGCAACCCAGACAACGGUUCACCCCCUCCUUACAAAGAUCAGCAGGAGGUAGACAUCCUCAAGGACAGUCUUCAAGGCUACAAAACCCAGAACAAGUUCCUGAACAAAGAGAUCCUGGAGCUGACCGUGUUACGCAGGAGUGCAGAGAGCAGAGAAAAGACCUUAGAAGCAAAGUAUACGUCCCUGGAGGCCAAGCUGUGUCAGGUGGAGAGUAAGUAUCUGGUGCUGCUUCAAGAAGUGAAGAACCCGGUGUGUUCGUCUUCGGAGCAGAGCCCAGCCCGAGAGGUCAUCUCCAGAUUACUGGAGGACGCGCUGCAGGUAGAGAGCUCCGACCAGCAGGACCACCUCAUCUUCAAACCAAAUACUGUCAGUGAGUAUGACACAUUCGGCUUCAAAACCGUCCCUGAGGAGGAGGAAGAGGAGGAGAAGCUGGAUGCGAAGGUGAGAGCUCUAGAGCUGAAGUCCCUCUCCAUGACGGAUCAGGAGGUGUCCGUCGGGGUGAAGUGGGAGAACUAUCUGUCCAGCAUCAUGAACAGAGAUAUGGUGCGCUCCCCUGAGCUCAAGGCCCUGUUUCGGAGCGGCGUUCCCCAUGAGCACCGCUCCAAGGUGUGGUGCUGGUGCGUUGCCUUCCAUGUAAAGAAGUUUAGGGACCACCUGCCGGCAGACUACUAUGAGACCCUACUGAACGUGGCCCGGGACAAGCCCAACCCGGCCUCCAAGCAGAUCGAGCUGGACUUACUGCGCACUUUGCCCAACAACAAGCACUAUUCCUCCCCGAGUGCCGGCGGGAUCCAGAAACUCAGGAACGUCCUGAUGGCUUUCUCCUGGAGGAAUCCGGAUAUCGGCUACUGCCAGGGACUCAACAGGCUGGCAGCUAUUGCCCUGCUCUAUCUGGACCAAGAGGACGCCUUCUGGUGCCUUAUAGCCAUUGUGGAGGUCUUCAUGCCAAGAGACUAUUACACAAAGACUCUGCUUGGCUCACAGGUUGACCAGCGUGUGUUCAAGGAUCUGAUGUGUGAGAAGCUCCCCCGGCUUCAUGUCCACUUCGAGCAGUACAAGGUAGACUUCUCCCUCAUCACCUUCAACUGGUUCCUGGUGGUGUUUGUGGACAGUGUGGUGAGCGACAUCCUCUUCAAGAUCUGGGAUGCCUUUCUCUACGAAGGUCCAAAGAUCAUGUUUCGCUGCGCCCUCGCUCUCUUCAAGUACAAAGAGGAAGAGUUUUUGAAGCUAGAGGAUUCCACAGCUAUCUUCAAAUAUCUCAGAUACUUCACACGCACAAUCCUGGAUUCAAGGAAGCUGAUGAACAUCGCUUUUGGGGACAUGAACCCGUUCCCCAUGCGGUCGAUCCAGAACCGCCGCUCCUUCCACCUGGAGAAGGUCCGCCUGGAGCUGACGGAGCUGGAGGCCAUCAGACAGACCUUCCUCCGGGAGAGAGAGACGACUCAGGACAGGCGGAGCUUCGUCAGCGACGAUGAGGAGGAUAACUGAGGUUAAGCCUGCUGCUGAAGUAUGAAGCGAUCAUGUCCAGAAGUCCCUGAUGUGUCGCAGUUGAAAAGGGAUGUUUCCUAAAGGAUUGUUGGAGUUGUUUUCCGAGACAGAAUAAUCAACUUUUAUACAUUUUGAUUGAAACUGCAUCAAAAGGCCAAAACAUUACAAGCCGUAUGGGCUUUCUAUCAGUAUUCUUGCCAUUUAAAAAAACAAAAACGUUAUUAUUGUAUGCUUUAUCAUGUCUCUUCCACUUUCAAUGCCAAACUUUACUUUUUCUGUCUGAAUCAGUAUUUCUUUUUUCAACUUGGCUGUGGUCUUAGGCAAUUCUGUUCCUGUUGAAGGAUUGAUUGUAUUGUAAUUUUUCUUUUGUUUAACUUUUUGCUGUCUCUGCCCCAAUUCCUUUCACACAUAUCUUCAGAUUGUUUACCUUAAUCAUUAUUUUUAUAUUUUCCUGAUGCCACUCAACAACACACUUUUGUGUUUUAUCCCUGUCUAUCAAAUGCACUUAAAUCACUUAUGCUGAAAUUCAAAAUGCGCUGAAAAGUCUCAGAGCCUUAUGAUCACAAAGUCGUUCCACAUCCUGCACAUCACUCUAGCCUCACAGGUGUUCGUAUUACACAAGAAUACACACAAAGGUGUUUUCAAGAAUCCCAUUUAUUAAUUAUUAGCAAAACAGCAACAUUACGAGGAAGAAUUUUCCCAUUUUAUUAUCUCAGGAUUCAGAUUAAAUAACUUCCAAAUUGUGAGAUUAUUUUUGUUAUAUCAUUUUAAACUUAAAUUCCACUUAAUUACUCAAUGUUCCCAAAGACAUGUCUGACAAACUAAUACUUGUUUACAUCUAAAUUUGCGCUUAACUUUGUAAAAAAAAGUAACAGGCAAUGGAUUUGGUUAGCAGAAUAAUUGAAAAUAGCAUUGAUUUAAAAAAAACAUGUCAGUGAAUCUAUAGAAAUUACCGGUCUGACCAUUUUAUUUUACGUAUUCUAAGAUAUGUGAAUUUAGACUAAUUUUCCAUGACUUGUUUUAGUAAUGUCUUAAUUUUUCUAAACAUAAAUUGGGUUUGUUAGGUGUUUAAAGCGUUCAAUUUCCCCUUAUUUUGCCAGAUAAACAUGCAUAAUGCUGUUAUUUCUCCUCUGAUGUAUUUGCAUCUCUUGUCCACAGUGUGGCAGUAUAACAUUGUGUCUCGCCUGUGUUUACAGUUGUUCACAGGUAUCCCUCCACACAGUAUGAUUUAUACAGUUUAUUAUACUGUACUGAUAAAAUAGCUGUGUAGUCCAUCUGUCGGCAUGAUUGUGUGUGAAAAAUUGAAAUAUGAUUUGUAAUCUAUGAGGGAAGUGUUUCAGGAUAUUUCAAGACGUGUGUAGCAACAUCUUUCUUCCACAUCCAGGUACUUACAAAAGACAGUUGACUAUAGCACUGUGACCGUCUUCUCUUUUCAACACAGUCUCAUGGCAUUUCGUGUUAUAGUCACGAAAUGUAUCUAUUGAUUCGUGUUCACCAACACGAUUUCCCCAUUUUUUUCGUGUCACACAGAACGAUUUUAAAAGCAAUGUAAAUAACAACAAAUUAGGAGGAAAAACAGAUUAAAAAAAAUACAGAUUUCAGUAUUCUGACAGAACGAUUUUAGAAGCAAUGUAUUGGUAGUUUGUUUCGUGCCUGCACCAAAUAAUAACAAAUGAGAAGGAAAAAGAGAUGACAAAAAAUACAGAUUUCAGUAUUCUGAGGCUCUGAGCCCCAUUUAUUUUCCUGGCGGACGGCAAAAAAACUCAGACAUUAUACAAUUUAAAAUAAAAAGGGAUAUACCCUAUAGGCCUAUAUAUCUUUUUAUUAGGGUAAGAUAUUGAGUAAGAAAAUGUGUUUAUGAACCACACAGCUUCUGGUAUUCCAAGACCCGACCGGACAAAAAGACGUGGUGCAGGCACGAAACAUACUACCAAUAGAAAUACAUUGCUUUUAAAAUCGUUCUGUGUGACACGGAAAAAAUGCGAAAAUCGUGUUGGUGAACACGAAUCAAUAGAUUAAAUUAAUUUCGUGACUAUAACACGAAAUGGCAUGAGGCUGGGUUGCUCUUUUACGGCAUUUCUUUGUUUUACAAUGUAUAAUGUUUAACAGACCCGCCCGUUGGGGAAAACGGAUCUACAGUAGGCCUACUUGCUUAGAAAGAAACCAUGUUUAUAUUUGGUAAAUCCACAGUGGAAAACUGUAGUUUGAAUGGGAAUCUUCAAGACAGGGAGACAUGUAAUUACGUAGCCGCUUCUCUUGUAUGCUGAUAUAUUGUUUACAGUUACUGUUCUUUUUUAUGUUACUUUUAAGCUGUUUACAGAUUUUUCCUUGCUGUACGUUAUAUCAUUGACUUCCAGAUCAGCUACAGCAUCAUGUUACUUCUCUGUUAGACCACCUGAACUUGUUAACAGUUGUUAUAAUUGUAGUCGUUUAUAAUGAGGGACACAGGAAUGUUGGAUGACUUGUAGAAGCAGAGAUGGAUUUUGUAUUUCUCCAUGAGAGCAGGGCUCUCUAGAGAUUUGACUUUGAUGGCUUUGAGAUGAAAGGUUUUCUGGGGCCCAUUCAUUUUGUCAUACAGUACUUUUGCCCAUAUUUUAAAACAUAUCUGUUCUACGGCUGGUUCACAUUUAUCUUUUGUUUUCAUAUGGAAUAAGCUACAUUUAUUGUAUCACCCUUUCUUUCUUUUCUCUGUUGCCUUCUUUCCCAGCAAUGUAUUGCACAAGUAUUAUGAUAAGUUGACUUCAGAAUUAUAUGGGGUACUUCACUUCUUUAUAUGUAAACCUCUAUGGUAUCUUGUUAAUUGUUAAUCUGUAUCAAUUAAUCAUAAAAACUGCAAAGCUUUUAUGUUACAGCAUUAAGUAUACGCCACUGUAUGUUUUUGUAAUACCAGCGAAAAGACACAUUCAAUAAACAAUGGCUGACUGAG